AAACAUCAAGACCUGCAGUUGAGUCUUUUUGCGUUGAUUCAUACAAUCCAUCCCCGAUGAGCAACAUGACUGUUGAACUUCAGGAGGACGACGCGGUGUCACUGGCACCCAGUGAGUGCAACACAGACAUUCCUCGUGAACAUUAAACCCGUCACCAGCCUGUCCCUGUGUCAACACCACCAUCUGGCCCCAGAGGACCUGCCCAUGCACAACAAGUUCACCAACUGGUCGGGCAUCGACCUUCGACAAUCAAAACCCUCCAACAAGCCGCCCACGUUUCUUACCAAAGAGCACGACAAGAGCAGAAACGGUGCCGAGUGGUGCGAGAUGGAGAGCUACGGCUCAAAUGUGGAGUCCGCGGCGCAGAGCGACAGAAGGGCGAGAGAGAUAGAGAGGCUGCGACAAGAGAGAGAGCAGGUGAUGGCGACGGUCAGCCUCAACAUGAACCCGACGUCGCUGACUGUGGAGCUGACGGAGGCAAAGCUACACUACGGCCUCGGAGAGACAGACACGCUGUUAAAGAUGCUGUCGCCGAGGACCGGAGGAGAGCUGGAGACACCGACUCCUGCAACUACCAAACAGCAGCUGUACGAUAGACACCGCAGGAGUAUUGAGGGUUUGAGGCAGGAGAGGGAGCAGCGUCUCCAGACGUCCCGUAGAGCUCGUAGUCUGAGUCCCAGCAAACAUCCUCGCUCCUCUCCACCAGAGGCCGUUUCCUCCUCCAAGGUGUCUGCCGCCAUGCCCAGUCGGCGUAAAGAGUACUUACAACAGCUCCGCCAAGAGGUGAUAGACAGCUCCAGAAUGCCAGACCCCCCACGAGGAGAGGGCCAGUGUCCGUCUGACAUUGAGCAGCUGUUACGUGACUACGGUCGAGCCCGGGAGGAAGCCAGGACUGAGAUUGCGAAGGCGAGAGAACGACUGCGGGAAAGAACUGAGCAGGAGAAGAAGAGGCUUCAGCAACAAGCCGUGUCUCAGGAAGUCAAGGAUGACCUGAGGCAUCGGACAAGAAUCAGUAACAGCACCUUGUGCACAGGAUCCAGCCUGAGCCUUUCUUCUGGACCAACAUCGGGCUACAACAGCGGCAACACUGCGCAGCUACAGCACGGCAACAGGCCACUUCUGGCCGGACAGAUCACAGGGUUACAGGAUGACGGGCUAAAGGUCAGGACACGUCCUCCUAUCUGUGGUCCUCAAAGUGUGAAGUCACAGAGAGCCUGGCUGUCUGCCCAUGAUGUUCACCUUGAGCCUCCUGUCAGCGGGUUUGAGCCUCUGAUGACUUCAUCUCCAUCACCUCCGACUUGUUUACGUCAACGCACCGCCUCCUUCGGCUCCUCCUCUUCAAUAUCCACAACCUACCAAGAUAUCACCUCUAGUCUCCGCGGGCGAGCUCUGGCUGAGGUGCGACUCGCGUCCUCUGGGGAUUUGAGCAACCUGCUGAUGGGCAAGGCCACAGCAGGCUGGAGGCACCAGGGAGAAGAGCGAGGUGUCCAGGCUUACUACAAGCCCUCCUCCAGCCCGUCUGUCCAUGGCUUCCUCGGGGCCGGGGAGCUCGACAGACCUCUGGACAGACUGUGGAACGUAAUCUGCCAGCUGUCCAAGAGCCACAUGUACAAUCAGUCGGUCCGCUCUGUCUGGACUCGACCACUAGAUGACAGCACUCAGCUGGUUUAUAUCCUAACAGAUCCGUCCACCUGCCAUCUCAGCCAGCCGCGGGACUUCUGCUGCAUCAGCACCGAGUCCAAACAGGGUGGCUUGUGCGUGCUGGCAAUGCAAGUCUGUUUUCGAGGAGUCUCUGCCGCGUCCCAGUGUGGAUGCAGUCAGAGGGGAGAUGAUGCCGAGCUGCUGGGUCCUGCAGCCAAUUAUACGUAGUGGACAGGAAGCCACCAGGGUCAUCUACCUGCAACAGGUGGACCUGGGAACUCCAUCCUUCCCUCACCGACUGUUGAACACUGUUACCAGAAGACACGCAGCCGUCAUCGCUGAUCUCGACGUUUUCCUCGCUAAAUCCGCCGGACCGAUGAAGACGCCUCGGCAGUGAGCACUUACACUAAACGUCUCCAGCACUGGAGUUAGUUUGACUUUUGAAUUUGCACCUGGAAUGUAUUUACUUGACGUUUUUUUAAGAGCACUGUUCUGUUGAUUCCCAGUUUCACCGUUUAAGCAGCUUUCUUUCUUUUUUUUAUAUGAAGGUAUCUUUUUUAUAAAAAACGUAAACUGUAUUUUUAUAUUUGUAAUGUUGAAUGCUUGUAACAAUCAUAAUCCUACUUUACCAAAGAUUCAUCAGAGGUUUAAGGGAACUGCGUUUAGAGUUAGACAGCUUGAUGAUUAAUUAUCCAAGCUUCAGAGUUUCCUUAUCACGUCAUGUGAUGAAACGGGUUCAUUAACACCUGAUCAGUAUCAGACAUUUAAAGCCUUUUAAACAAUAUGGUGUCUAUUGCUUUCUACCAUAUUGUAACGUGGGUAGCUAAAUCUUUUAAAGGCAACAAGGUCGCAGCUAGACGACCUUUAAAUUGAAGUUAAAGAGUCGGUCAGCACAUAAUCGAAGGUUACACUGAUUUGAUAUUUAUUUACUUGUGUGUUCUCGCUAUUGUUUACUUUCUAUCUGAUGGAUAGAUGCAGCCAUCUUUGUUGUCAAUACACCUGAGAUUAAGACCUUAAAACAGAAGGCACUUUCACUCUGUUCCUUCCGGGUCAAGCACUUUUUAUAAAUGCUUUGCUUCAGCCGACUCAGACGAUGCAAUGAAAGCUGGAACACUGAUACUUACAAGGGAAAGUAUUUGAAGGUCAGGGAGGGGACACGUCCGCAUGAGGCGCACCACAUCCAAACGUAUGAAGGAAAUAUUCACAAACGCUGUUUAACCCUGAUUUGUUGCAGUACAUAUGAUAUAUGUACGUAUUCGCUCGUGCACUGCUUAUUCUAACCACUCGCAAAAACCUUAAAUCUGCAGGAAAUGACCUUCAAAUGUCCUUCAACAGUUUGGUAGCAAAAAGGGUUAAAGCAAAUAUAUUAAAGGGACUGUACGGACAUUUUUGAGGGAGGGUGUAGUCUUUUUCUUCCUGUCCCAUAUUUUAUAUCGGCAUUUGAAACUUUUUAAAUGUUUAAAGAAAACAUUUGGAGCCUCACUUCCCCAAUAACUUCCCCACAGUCCGUAAGCUAGGUGUUGGAUAUUCAGCUGGUGUAUUGAAGGAAUCCUAAGACUUUUGUAUUUGAAGUAUGCUGUGUAGGCACUGCACCUUUUGAAACCACUUGACAGAACUGCAGGAAAUCUGGUCCAUAACAGUUAUGUAGCAAAACAGGGAGUAGAAAAAUCAACCAAAGCUCUUCAAUCGGUGUCCUUCAGCAAGACACUGAAGAUCCAGGGAUGAUGCUCUACAGCGCCCUCUGACCUCCUUUUUAUUUCACAAUAUGGUACCCCGAGUCUGCAGUCUGUUUCUCAACCUUCUCUGAAGUCUAUUUAUUGUGUUCCUCUUGCCUUCUGUUUAGAAAUGCUGUUGAAUGUGUUUGUCUAGUUUUGAUGGGGGGGAUUAUUUAGUUUUAUGAGCAGAGCACGGUGCUGCGUUUUACAGCCGCUCGUACAAAACUGUUAAUGCAUUUAUUAAUGUUGCGUAUUAAAAACUUUGUUUUUGUUUGUACGGUGUUGAAGCUAUGCAGACGCUGAUCACAGGCGGGACUGUUCUCAGUCAAAGCCGCGUCGGCUGGAUCCAGAUAUGAAGCCAUAUUAUUUACAGUAGUCGGAGGUUCGCGACGAUGUGUUGGCAGCGAUCGGUUUGAGACUAAAGAUGUUCCCGGAGCAACCAAAGAGAGAAACUGACACACACUGAGAAUAGAGACAACCUUUUGUACUGAGUUCUUUUUUUUAUGCGUUUCUAUAUAUUUUUAAGUGCUCGUUUCAUUUUGUAUAAAAAAAACAAAAACCUUGUUAUUUAUGUUUUGACGAUGUGUUGUAAAUGUAUUUUAUUAUAAACACUCUGCUUCCUGUUGCUAAUGAGAUGUUAUGUUUGUUUUUUAUGAAUACAAUAAAUAUUUAAAGUCA